AAUGCAAGUAAUGACCCUUCUUGAUCAUCCGAAUAUAGUCAAGUUAUACGAACUAACGGAUACAACGGAUCAUUUCUUGCUGAUUCUCGAGUACGUGGCGGGCAGCAAUUUAACUGAGAAGGUACCCCUAUUCGCAACCACGAAGCGGAAGAAAUUAGAGCCCUUAGUGCGCAAGCUGAUGCGUCAGAUUAUGUCGGCCAUCGCGUACUGCCAUAAGGGGCAUGUGGUGCACCGAGAUAUCAAGCCAGAUAACGUAAUGCUGGACGAGGACAUGAAUGUAAAGCUGGCCGAUUGGGGAUUCAGUAAUAUCUCCACAGACUUGCUGAGCACGCACUGUGGCACACCUUAUUACGCGUCGCCAGAGUUAUUCCGUCCGCAUGCGUAUCUCGGGCCGCCGUCAGACGUAUGGGCGUGCGGUGUGCUGCUGUAUUAUAUGUAUGUGGGCAAGCUACCGUUCCGACAGGACCCCAUUAAGGAGUAUAUCAAGAAGGCCAAGUAUCAGAUCCCGAAGUCUAUGCCGACCACUUUAGCCGCUCUCAUUAAGGCCAUGCUGGUAGUUGAUCCCAACCAGCGGUUGACUGCUGUAGAUGUGUUAAACAGCGAAUGGAUUCAGGAGGGUGUGCCCAUACCACGUUCUCUAGUGGCUAGCGGUAGGGCCGGCAUGCCCAGGUCAACGUCAGUUAUAUUCGACCAGAAAUCAGGCAAGAACUCCGCCAUACACGACGACGUGGUGGCGCUGAUGACCGUACAUCUGGGGUUUACACAGCAGGAGGUGCAUGAGUCGCUGCAGAAUAACAGCUACAAUCAGAUCACAGCCACAUACUAUCUUCUACGCGACUCGCCGAAGCUAUCGCAGUUUAGAAAAUUUCUGCUGCACACAUCGAGCCCCGCAGUGACCUCAGAAGACCACAAUUCGACCAAACUGUUUGUUAUCAAGGAAUCGGGCGGGAAGAACCGCAGUGACGGAGACGUCGUCAAGAAAACCCCGCAACGGAAGCGCUCGGGUAGCAAUCGGCUGCUCGGUUUUAUGUUCAACCGAAAGACGCAUACCGGUACUGAGAGCCCCGACACACCCAGUAGAGUCCCAGAUGAUCGAACUGAUGAUGUCCAAUUCGAGAAGAGUUUCACGGCACUGAAAGGAAUGAGGUCUGGAGGGUCUGGCAUGAGCGGUUCAAUUGGAGGACAGCAACGUGGCAGUAAUCCUGGGAUGCACUCACAACAGAGUACUCAAUAUCUGACAAAUAGGAGACACUCUGUACAGCCUAUGGCGGAUGUGAAUCCGCAGGAUGUACCUAUACGAGGGAAGCUAGGUCCUAGCAAGAGCUUCGAAAUGGGCGGAUCCCCGCAGGUUAUGGGGAUGUCUAGUGAAAAUAUUGACUAUGAUGAUACGCAGCAACAGCAACACGUGGAAAUGCAGCAACAGCAAGUGAUGCUUGUGCAACAACAGCACCACCACCAAAUCUCGCCCAGGAGCCCGCGCGACUUUGGAGACCAAGUAGUCGAUGGAAACAGUCCGCGAGGCUAUAUGAACGGGUCUAGGAACUUGAAUGAAAGUCCCAGAGACUAUGGCAGUAGUUCUGUAUCCAGCCAUCCGCGUACCGGCAGUCACCCAGGAUUGAACCGCCGGAGUUCGGGCGGAAGGAUAGAGGACCAACUUAUAAAACAACAACAGACUUCUUCGCAAACGACGUACUACCAAGCCAUGCAGUAUGACGCUCAGUACGCCGCACCACAGCCUGUACCGCGCCCAGAUCGAUGACCGGAGUCUACUAAGUGUGACCCGAUCUGUCCACGUGGGUUGAAGCGCAAUUUUUUGAUAAGGCGAAGAGUAACUAAUGCCACAUGGCAAUACACUGGCGGUGAAUGGCAGUAAGCAGCCCCAAUUCAUGCACUCGUGGCUGGAAAUGAGUGUCUCUUGCAGUAUCACGUACAUAGCGAAUCAUCCAAGAUAUAUAUAAAAUGGUAAGCACCGCGUAUAGUCAUGGAUGUGGGCGGCAUAGCGGCCGAUGCAAGUGACUGUAUUUGCCAGUACAGUAUGAGCACAUGUAUGCGAGUCAAGACGACCGUCCUGCCUUCCCAUACUAGAUUGGCUGGUUUAGGGCGGCGGAUGGGAUCUGAAGAGCAUAUCCAGGAUAUAAUCUUUAGAAAGUGAUUGAUAUUCUCCAAAUUUCUAGAACUUUGUAACACGGAAAUAGAAGGGACAACUGUGGAGUGAUCAGAGAAAUCGCAGAUAGUAGUUGGAAUGAUGGUCAGCACACAAAUACGAUUCAAGGCAAAAGCACAAUGUACCUACAAUCAGAAUUACAAAGUAAAAGUUAAGAUAUAAAGAUGCACACAAGCGUGUUCCAGG